AAACAUCGAUCAGAAGAGUCGCGACCAGACGAAGACAAGGCAUCAGAUCAGACAGAAGACUCUGAAGAGCUUCAGCUUCAGUUAAGUCAGUAGAUCAGAGUGAGCUGCGAGUUUUCCGUCGCGUAGUGGGUUUUAUAUUCUAUUCCUCCCGAUUCCGGUCGUGUAUGCGGUGUGAAGUGUGAAACCCAUUUUGUGCCCUUUUUCACGAUUCCGCGGGUGUCUUGGAUUGGAUUGUGUUGAUUUUUUAAAUAAUUAUUCUGAUUAUCGCAACCGGUUCUCCGUUUUGGAAGAGAGAAGUUCGUUCGUGCCUACUAGAUUCUGCGAUUGUACCAGAUUCACAUAUAACCUAGUGGGAUAAAUAAAUAGAAGCGAUAAAAAUAUCCGAACGGAGAAGAAAAAGGUGUUCAAAGAAAAGAAGGUUAAAGUGGAAGCUCAGUAUAGUUGAGGAAGUGGAAAGUAGUGCAGCAGAGUCUCAAGUGUAGCCUCCGGCAGGGUGUGUAUACACACAACAACGCACACAAAAAAGCUACCGACGACAGAAGAAGACUGGUCGCUAGGGGAGCAGGAUUGAGAAAAAGUUGGCCGUGUAUAGUUUUGUUUUUGGAGCUGCUGAUUCAAAUUUUACUGCUGGGUGUUUUGCUUGGUCGGAUUUCAGUAGUUCGAGGGAUUGUGCCGUGUUGGAUGUGUUGUGUUGUUGGGCUCUUGCUAUAAGUCUUAUUCUCGUAAUACGGUUCCGAGAAGCGUCAAAGCAAAAAAGAAAAAAUGUCCGUCAGCUGCAAGUGCAUGAAUAUAGUAGUGAAGCUGGAGGAAUCGUCGUGUCUCCCGGAACGACGCUUCGAUUUGGAAUCGGUUCUUAAGAAGCAGCAGGACCGAUCUGUGGCGGCCGCAACAAAAACGACGGCGACGACACCCAGUGACGACCAUCUUCAAUUUUUCAAAGUGGCCCUCGGUCCGGUCCAGUGCUCCAACGUCCAAGUCCAGUUCGAUGGGCUUCUGCUGAAGGAGCGCGUGUUGGACGAAUGGGAAGUGAGCCUGUGCAGGCACUGUGAUAGUUUCGUGUUUGCACGGCACGUGGUUGAUGAUACCGCUGUCUCCGCCAUGGUUCCCUGCUUGGUCAAUCCGUCACUGAUGACGACUGACGAGCAACUAAGUGCCCGCAUGACCGACGACAACUACUCCCCGGCGUUCGGUAUCGUGCUGAAUGGAUCCAGCCUAAGCUACAGCGACUUGACCGAGAAGGGCAAACUGCUCAGCAAAGUGAAAAGUGAUAACCCAUUUAUGCAGCGGCUUCGUGCCUACAUGGAACAGGAAACGGAAGCGGCCAACGAACGUAUUCAGCGCUUCACCGAGCAGGAAUUUGCUGUCCUCAAGGUGAAACGGGAACGGGCCGAACAGGACUGUCUCAUUCUGGCUAAGCUAGCAGCAAACAACCAAGUACCUGAUGAGCUGCUGCUGGUACGAAGCAAUAGUACCAGCAUCAAUAGUAGCAACAAUAACAACAGCGGUGGACUUCUAGGGUCCCAACAAACAACUGCCCCGACUGUGACGACCCCAACAACGGUCACCGCCCCUAGCAAUACGACCAACGUGAACGACACGAGCGUUAACAGUCAACUAGAAACACCCCCACCCACACCGGAGUACAUGCCAAUGUCUACCGGUAAUAGUCCACCGAUGACAGGCACAGCCAGUGGUGCCCCGGUCAAUACCCGGCAGCACCCCAUCACUCCAUCGUCAUCCUCCUCAAUGGUCGAUCAAUCAUCAUAUUCGUCUCCCAGCCCAAGGCUGAGUGCGGCCCAAACCAAUGGCCAAACUCCCAACAGAGCAAACCUUAGCUACAACAAUGUCGAUAAUCACAGUUACAGUAACAACAACAAUAAUAUCGUUAGCUUUAACAACUCCCGAGGUGCCAUCAGUAGACAACAGCAGCAGCAACAACCGACCGCUGUAACAAUGCAACAACAUUCCAGUACAAAUUCGAUGACGACGCUGCAAACGCAAAAACAGCAGCAGCAUCGCAUGACAUUUUAUGAGUCGGACUGCAUGUUCGACAUUGACGACAUGGAGAACAACUCACCGCUCUCGAAUACGCUGUCCGACGAGGAGGAACUGGGAUUCGAAGAAUCCGUCAGCAAUAACAACGAGGACGGUAUGUACAUACCAGCACGCCAGCUGGCCUCCAAGAACGGGUCCAUCGCGAGAAGCCUUCCGAUCUCAAUGCCCCAGCUGAUGACGCAGUUCCGAACGAACGAUGAAGAUUUUGAAGACAUGAAAGAAGACAACGUGAACAUUCCCGCCAGUAUCCAGGCGCUGGCGAGGAGCGUCCACGGCGAUGCGGUGUUCGGAGAUCUGCCGCGGCCGCAGAUUCAACGAUUCAGCACACAGAUCUAAACCCCAGAUCUAUACCCAUGGUUAGUGCGAUAGUGUUGAACCCAUUAUCAUCAUCAUUUUCCGUCGAAAACGGAAUCGAAACAAACUAAGUGUGAACCGAAGCGAACAGUCAGGCUUCGAUGUUAGGAUUUAAGGAAUCAGUUGUCGAUUUUUUGUUUCGUGUUUUCUAUUUUUAUUAAGGAUUACCUAUAUUAUAACAAAACAAACAAUAAUGCUAUCGUAUAUAUUGCGCCGCAGCCAGAUUACGACCACGUUCAGUUGGUUACGUAUAUGUUUCAUCUUUUGGGAAGAUAGUUUUAUCUUAUUUGUAUCAUUGUAAGUCAUACUCAGCACCAACGUCAGCGAAUUCGUUAAGAAAAAUUGUAUCCGAUAUAUGCAGCUCAUGCGCGUUCGUUUUUUAUAACCUAAUUGUUUGAAAAUGUUUGACACGUAGCUUCUCAGUUAAAAAAAAAAACUGAAUGAAUUGAGGAAAUCGAAAGUUAUAAUCGAAUUGUACGAAUGAACUUUCCCAUAAGAAGGGAUAGAAUUUGUUUGGUAUCUUUUGUAUUGGUAGAGAUUUGAAUCAAGCUUUUUGUUUUGUUGAUUGGUUGUACUUCAUUUUACUUUCAAAUUUGUAACCGAAGUUGGAUUGAGAAGAAUCGUAAUUGUUCUGUGUAGAGAGUCAUGUUUUGCAAUACCACAAGUUGGUUUGAUAAUUUCCAAAUACUAAUUUCAAGUAAGUAGGAAAGAAAAUAGGAAGACAGUCAGACUCCUGUUUGGCUUUCGAAGCGAUAUGAGAAUCUUAAAAUUAGACUGAAAAUAUGCAAAGUUUGCGCUGAGAAUAUUACCGAAUGUAGAUCCGUCUAUAUGUAUUGUGAAAGGCUAUUAGAGCCGAGAGCUUCGAAUGGUGAUAAGAAAAUAAAACAAAUAAUCUCCAUAACUUGAACAGUUCGCUUAAGGUGUCCAAUCUUUUUUAAUCUGUUGAUAGAUAAUCAAUCUGAGCUAUAUUUUCACACGAACUUUUAGAUUGCUAGCGUUGACGCUUCAAUUUCCUUCUUUGUUACAUCCUAUACUGAAGUUAAGAAUGAAUGGCCUCUUUAGUGAUUAGCAUGGCAGUCCCGAUUGGAUAUUGCAGUUAAAGGAGAACAUUAUGAGAGAUAGCAGAUUUUGUCGUUACAAGUAGGAGGUAAAGGUUUUUGAAAAAAUAAUAUGAAAGAAUUACAACACUCUUCCGUUAAUGUUACUCUUUUAGCGACCAAAACCGAUAAAAAAUAUCCUCUUCCCAUUACCAAAACUACCUCCUUUGAAUUUAUACCGCAAAACAUUGGGAUAUCCGUUAAGAUCACCAAUUGACUCAAGUAUAAAAAGAGGCAUUUGUAGGUGUUGCUUUUGUUUAAUCCUAUUAUGAGUCGAUGUUCUUACAUACAUAACCGAUGAAAAUAUAGCAAUAUCUAAGAAGAAUCGCUCAUUUAACAAUCAUAAGUCGACAUACGCUGUGUUAGUUAGUAUGAACCUAAACUUCCUUCCCUCUUAUUAGACCACCACAGCAAACACGAAAAUAUCAAAGAAAUACAGCAGUGAGAAUUUCAACUAUUGAAAGCUAACAAAAGAUCACAAAUUAAUACAAAUUAUUCACUGUUCUACAAGUUGUAAUUUACUGCAGUCUAUGGGUAGACCGUAUACGUUAGAACACCAUUUGACCCCCCUCUAAACCGCAAAUUGUUAGGCGAAGAAAGUUGUGUCUUUUUUGGAUGCGGGGAAAAUGAUUCAAUAUCAUACAAAUUCAACUAUGCUGCAAAGCUACGGAUGCGGUGUCCACGACCAACAAUAUGCAGCUGAGUAGAAGGAAACGCUGAAAUGAAUUAUGAGAGAGAGAAUAAUAAAAACUAUCAUCUUCCAGCAGAACAUAUUGGAAAAUGAA